AUGCCAUCCUGCAACACUCGUCCAAACAGCACUGCUCGCUCAAGAUCGCCAUCUCGAAACGCAAACGCAAACGCAAACGCAAACGCAAACGCAAACGCAAAUGCUGAUAACAGCAAGAACGGAAAGCGUGGAAAGGAUGGGAAAAGAAAACGUGUCUCUCGAGCAUGCGAUCAAUGCUUUCUCAAAAAAGACCGUUGUGAUGCACUGGAACCACUGUGUACAUUCUGUUCUCGACUUGAUCGAAGGUGUACCUACGACAGACCCGAAAGAAAGAGGGGGCCUAUUCAGGGAUUGAGGCCGAGACUGGAAGAGCGGAUCAUAAGCUUGGAAACUGUUUUGGGCUUUAUGCUUGCCCAUUCUGGUUCGCAUAUAGAUGCAUUACAACUCAAGCAGUGUAGUGGGGGAGAAAGAGUUGGUUUCCGAGAGGCAUGGCUACAGAGCAAAGUACGGAGGCAGCUGGAAUCCGAAUUUGGCCUUGCAGAUGGUCUCGCAAUGCAUCCUACCACCACUACAAUGGGCAAAAAGCAAAGUACGAAACAAGAAGAAGAAGAAGAAGAAGAAGAAGAAGAAGAAGGAGAAGAUUCAGACUAUAGCCAAGUGGAUCUUUCUCUGCCUCCCACACACCAUCGGCGCAUGCAUAGAGUAGAAGAAGCAACUUGGCCGAACCAACUGGAUGAAAUGCUAGCGGAACUAUCAUCUGGGCAAGGUGGAAGCUCACUAAACAGAAGCCUAGUGCCAAGAGGGACGGAUGCAAACGCAGCGCUAGGUGGAUUUGAAAUCCAGUUCGGAGGGAAUGAGCAAGAUGAAGAUUGGGUUCGAAGCUUUGUUCCUCCUAAGGGGAAAUGGAGGCGGGGAUCAGAGAUGUGCAAGUAG